AAGCCAGACUGCCUUUUGUAGCCUUGCUUCUUGGGAAGCAUUUCCGGCCUCAGGGAACAGAAACCUGUGAGAAGAAAACUUUAUUUAUCUGCUGAACGGCAUGCGGAACUUAACCACUUAACCUUGGCCGACCUGGUGGUGGGAAGAAUUAGAGAAACGGACAAGGAGAGAGGCGUGACCAGGAGACUUCCGGGAGAGCGCCUGAAGUACGGUGUCCGACUCAGGCCUACACGCGUUGUCCUCCUCACUGCCGGACUUGUUAGAGUCGGACGGGAACCGGAUGCGCCCGAGACCUGAGUCCAAGCCGACUCCACCGUCGUGACCACUGGCGAGUCCUUUUUCUCUGCUUUCAUUGCCUCAGCUCUGAAGUGAGUCGUGGACGAGCCGAUCUCAGCGUCCUACUUGGAGAACCGGGUCGUUCUGGCAGCUCUCGUGGGAUCCGAAGGCUUGAGAGACAUUGUGUCACUCCUCGGUAAAAGGCCCGUCCUCAUCUUCAAAAGAGUCCUGGCCUCUCAGCCUACCAUCUGAAACACUCAGGAGGAAGAGUUGAGAGUCUCUGCAUCCCUCACCUCCCUGGGACAGGACCCACCAUGUCUCAGGCCACCAAGAGGAAACAUGUGGUGAAGGAGGUGCUGGGGGAGCACAUGGUGCCCUCUGACCAGCAGCAGAUCGUGAGGGUCCUCAGGACCCCAGGGAACAAUCUACAUGAGGUGGAGACAGCCCAGGGGCAGCGCUUCCUGGUGAGCAUGCCCUCCAAGUACCGCAAGAACAUCUGGAUCAAAAGAGGGGACUUUCUCAUCGUUGACCCUAUUGAAGAAGGAGAGAAGGUGAAGGCUGAGAUCUCCUUUGUGCUCUGCAAAGACCACGUGCGCUCUCUGCAGAAGGAUGGGCACUGGCCCGAGGCCUUCUCCGAAGUGGCUGAGAAACACAACAAUAGGAACAGACAGACUCAGCCAGAACUCCCAGCUGAGCCACAGUCGUCAGGAGAAGAGUCCAGCUCUGAAGACGAUUCUGACCUUUUUGUUAACACCAACCGCAGACAGUAUCAUGAGAGCGAGGAGGAGAGUGAAGAGGAGGAGGCGACCUGAGACCCCGGGACCCACUUCUCCUCUUGCUCAGAGUCUAGUCCUGGGCUCCUCUGAGCAUGGACAUUCCCAGGGGGCUCUGCGGAUCUUUCCCCCUGGAUGGGGACGAGGCAGGGCCCCUCUCUGAACUGACCUUCUGACAUAGGAGAAUUAAACCCCUGGUGGGUGCUGACUCA